AUGCGGCUUGUAGCUUGUUUUUUACUGCUUAUUGAAUCGAUAUCUGCUCUCGGAGGCCAUGGAUUGGUAAAUCCACAAAGCGCAUGCAACAUACGGUGCGAAAAUGGUGGAAUGUGCGCAUUUUCUUUCGAUAACCCACAAUUCCAUUCAUGUAUUUGCUUGAUGGGCGUCUAUGAAGGUGAUAGAUGCCAGUAUGAAGUUGGUGCUCCAAGGAAUCCCCAAAAUGAACAGCAAUCACGGCAACAACGUCCGCCACCACCACAACCACCUGCCCCAGGUGAGCUCCAGACUGCGACGGCUGCUGAGAACGACGUUAACUACAACAUGAGACAACUUGAAAUGGAGAGGCGGAGAGAUGAACAACGGCGGCGAGAGUACGAGAAUAAGUUGGAGGCUGAGAGAAGAAGAGCAGAACAAGAGAGACGGAUUGGAGUUCGUCCCGCGCAGGACUUGAACACCGUGGAAGCGCAACGGAUUGAAGAAUUACGACGUCGAGACGAAGAACUGCGAAGAGCGGCCGCCAGAAGACGAGAAGAAGAGCGACGGCGAGAGGAGGAGGCGAAACAGCGUGAAGAGGAGAGACGCAGACAGUUCGGAGAACACGAGGAGACUCGGAUUCGUGAGGAACAACGACGGGAAGAGGAGCGACGGAUGAUGGAUAGGAAACAAAAGGAGAUGAUGAUGGAAGAGGAGAUGAAUAAGAUGGAGAUGGAAUCCACAACGAGUAAGAGCGCCUCACAAGCAGGAGAUGGUGGUGGUGAUGUGCCUCCAGACGCGGAUGAUUGGGAUUACAAGAGCGAUGAAGAGGAAGAUGCUGUUGGCGACUACCUUCAUGCGAGUAACGAAGUGGCGAAAGUGGAAACCGGCGACGAAGAGGGAGCCGAAGCUGUCAGCCAACGAUCCGAAAUGUCUUCGAUGACCAAAGAUGGACCCGUAACCCAGACUUCAACAUCAGCUCAAGAUCGACAGCUGUCUGGAAUCACUAAAAUGAUAGAAGCGGCUGCAGAGGAGACUUUGAAACAUCACACGCUUGAUGAUGAGCCAGAGAGUAACCCCUCUACCACUGGUCCUGAAGACGACGAUUAUUGGGAUCAUUCGAUUAAACGGGAAGACGAAGAAUAUGAACUCCCAAAGGUGGCGGCCGAGUCGAACGAAGAGAACGAAAAAAACGAACCUACCCCAGCGGUCGCAUCAGCAGCUGCUGCCGGUAACGUUCGAGAAUAUGCGGCCGAAGAAGGCGAAGAAGGUUGGAUGAUGAUGAAACGAGUGGAUGACAACUCAUCCACCACCUCAUCGAUUCUCUCCGCCACACUCGUUUCUGCCCUGAUAACACUGAUCAUAAGGAUAUGGUUGGGGUGGUCGUGUGUGGUAGGUAGCCCGGCACAUGCACAACAUGACAUCAGGUGGAAUCCCGAAAACGGCGCUAACACAUAUGAAAGAGUUGAAGGAUAUCAAAGAAGCGGAAAAUCAGCCCAACAUAAUAAGAAAGAGUCUCCUGAUUCCGGAGAAAAGCCUGGUACGGUUGGGCCAGGAAGGGCAGAGUUGCAGGACUCAUUUAGGCUAAAGAAGUGGAAAAGCAAGCGAGUAAGUUUAAGACGUCAUCGUACUGAGCGAAAACCAUACGAUGACGGUGAACGACGUCACCCACUGAACGCUGGAGAAGAACUGUUCUUCGGGAAAUGCGACAGUAGAGAAGUUUGUGUCCUUAUCAACACGAGUAUGGCAAGAAACAUCGACUAUUUCGAAAAACUACCAUCUCUACCAUCCGAAUCAGACUUCUUGCGGAUGAGAAGAUGA